UCCGGGCGGGCGGGCCCGCGGGCGGGGCGGGGGCCGGGCUGCGCGGCGCCCUUUUGCCGUUGCCGCGGCCGGGAGGAGAGCUUGGCGGCGGGCGCGCAGGCGGUUUUCCUUGGGACCGGGAAUGUCUUCCGAGCCAGCUUCCCCUUUGGAGCGAUCUCCAUCACCAAGUGCUCUUAGACUCCCCGAAGGCCGACGGGUGAGGGACCGUUCUCCUUCUCCAAUGCGAGGCUAUCUCAUCCCCAGUCCGCUUCCAACCCGGAGGACUAGGACAUAUUCCGCGACGGCGAGAGCUUCUGAAGGGCCCUCCUUCAAGGGCACGUGCAAAUGCUUCUGCCGCUCCAAGGGCCAUGGCUUCAUCACCCCUGCGGACAGCGGCCCAGACAUUUUUGUGCACAUUUCUGACAUUGAAGGGGAAUAUGUCCCAGUGUCGGGUGACGAGGUCACGUACAAGGUGUGCCCUAUCCCACCCAAGAAGGAGAAGCUGCAAGCUGUCGAGGUGGUCAUCACUCACCUGGCUCCUGGAACGAAGCAUGAGACUUGGUCGGGGCGUGUGAUCAGCUCCUAGAGGGUGUCUCCAUCAGCUUGAUGAAGGUGCUGGUCAACGACAGAGAUUGACUUGAGUCUGACCCAUGAGAUUUCUGUAUAUUGAGUGAGGUGGAACUUUGUAACAGGGGUCAAUGGAGUCCAGAUAAAUCUUUUUGUUUUUAUUUUUACAUUAGAACAAUGGUAUUAGAAAGACGUGACACUAAGAUGGCUGUAAGGGUGGAAGAAAUGUGUCUUGUCUACCAAUAGAUGCUGGUGGCCUCUAUUUUCACCUAGAUAAUGGGGCAGAGAAGAAAAUGUCUUUAAGCAGUCAACCCAUCAGUGUUUUCUGUUUAACGACUCUGCCAGAGAGUGGCUAUUAACUGGGUGUGUCAUUCCGUGGAUAAUUUGUUGAGUUUGCCCCCUGCAAGCAUAAGCUGCGAUAAGAGUUUGUAGAAUUUUCCAGUGGCUUGUUAGUCCCAGUAGCGAUCUGGCAGAAGGAAGACAGGAUUCUUGCUCCAAAGGCUUGUUUGCCAGAAACGGUUUUGCAAAAAAAAAAUUCUUGGUGGUUUGUGUGUUCCUGGGCCCUAGCAGCACUUGUGAUGCCGAGGAAUUUCCUGAGUGGUGCGAACGUUUCACUGCUCUGUUUUGUGCCUGAAACUUUUUGCAAAAGCUCAAACUGCCUACCUUGACUUAUCGUAUGUAAACAUUUUGUAAAAGAGCUUAAUGCCUAACAUGGUUGGUUGGUUGAUGUGAGCUGAUGAAAUAGCGUUCGGAUUGCUUUCUAAAAAGCAGAUUUGAGGUCUGUAUAUAACACAACCAUGAUUGUCUUCCCCAGUUGGAUGGGGCUUUGCAUCUUUACUUUCAGCGGACAGAAUAUACCACCACAGCUAGCAUUUCUGUGUGUGUGCUUGCUUCACUUAAAUUCCUGCUUCCGAGAACCUUGGUAGAGAAACCCAGUUUACUUUCAAUUCAGUGCUGAUUUUUGUUGACUUCUUUGGUCCAAUAGAUACUUUUUAAAGAGUA